AAGGAGCUCUCCGCUGCUGCUGCUGCUACUGCUGUGUGUGCGUUAGAGAGGUACGGAAUAUUUCCGCUUCGCGCGAGUGGAUAUUUUCGGCUUGGACGCAAGUGUCGCCACUGGUCAUCUUCGUCGUCGUCGUCGUCAGCUCCGCUUUCAUCGCUGCUACUGUGGCGUCUCGUCGUCAGUCGCGCGUGCUUCUUAUCCUCUGUUACACACAUCGUGUAUCGAGACGGCACUCAGUGAAGACCUACCAGUGCAGUAGAUAACUUGGAAAUUAAUACAUCGUUCAUCGCAGAGCGAUAUACCCAUUUGAGAGUGAAACUUUCGGAGUUCGGAGUUGUGUCCACCGAACGAACGGCGGCCACCCCCCCCUCUCUUCGUGUACAACUACUUCACAAUCUCGCCUCUAUUCUCAGCGCAAGUCGCAGUCUGUGCAGUGUGUAUCAAGAGUGUCUCUCUCACUCUCUUAGAGCCGAAAAAGCAAGAAAAAUAAAAAAAGCGUCAUCCUCGUGGUUCGCCGCUUGCAAGCGCUGGAACGAAUGGUCCGAAUUGCCCUGGAGCCGAGCCCGAUAAGCAACGAGGUGGUGGCCUGGCUGUCGACUAGUCGCAGCCCAGUACACCGAGCGAGUCUGUUCUGACUGAUUUUUGCACGACGGUCGACCAAAACCAUCAACAUUCCGUCAAUAACCGAGUUCCGGCCCGCAGGGUGGCGAUCUUACGACAAGGGCUCCGUUUGCGAUAGGCUGGUUGACCAGUCUGUUGGGUGCUUAAUCAACAGCGGCAACUGGAAGUUGGCCCUGAACGCAGAGCCCCCGUGGCUUUGCUAGCACCCCUAACAACCAAAUCAGUAUCACCUCGCCUUCACAAUUCUCAUCAUUUUACUUGACAGCUGCCUCUUUGCUGCCUAGCUCCUAGCAGAGAUUUUAUUUUAGUUAAUUAUUAUAUUUUUAUCCCCCUUGUGUUGUAUUAAUCAUCGUAUCCAAAACAAAAAAAAACGUUAAGCCAUCCAAAAUGAAGGUAACGAACGUAAAUCUGGACGAACGUAUCCACGUGUUGAAGAGCACCUCGACGUUCAUGUCGGUCAUCAAGGAGAUCGCCGAGAGCGGAAUGCAGGAGGAGGCGUUCUACGUUCUCGACGUCGGCGACAUCGUGCGCAAACACCAGAUCUGGAAGGAAAAGUUGCCCCGCGUCCAUCCAUUCUAUGCUGUCAAAUGCAACGAUAGUCUGCCCGUGUUGGAGGUACUGGCUGCUAUUGGCGUUGGCUUCGAUUGCGCCUCUAAGAACGAGAUUAACAAGGUGUUGGACCUCGGCGUGGACACCGACAGAAUCAUCUUCGCCAAUCCGGCCAAGCCGAGCUCGCACAUACGCCACGCGGAGAGCGUCGGCGUGCGCCUCAUGACCGUCGACAACGAGAGCGAGCUCUACAAGAUCAAGAGAAUCUUCCCCUCGGCCAAGAUCGUGCUGCGCAUCCGCUGCGACUCGGAGCUGGCCCAGUGCCAGCUCGGCAUGAAGUUCGGCUGCGAUCCGGUCUACGACGCCCCCACCCUCCUGCGCCUGGCCAAAGUCCUGGAUCUCGACGUCAUCGGCAUCAGCUUCCACGUCGGCUCCGGCUGCCAAGAUCCGCCGGUCUACAAUCGGGCCAUCGCCCACUCCAGGACGCUGUUCGAUCUGGCCACCGACAUCGGUUUCAAGCCCUACCUGCUGGAUCUCGGCGGUGGAUAUCCCGGCGACAGAGGCACGUCCAUCGACGUGUUCGCCGAUGUCAUCAACGACUCUCUCGAUCAAUACUUCCCAUCUGACGACGUGCACGUCAUCGCUGAACCGGGUCGUUUCUACGUAGCAUCUGCUUUCACCCUGGCUACCUGCAUCCACAGCAAGCGCGUUGUGCGCGCCAACGUCAACGAUCCCGACAAAGUAACUCACCACAUGUACUACAUCAACGACGGCGUCUACGGCUCCUUCAACUGUCUGCUGUACGAUCACCAGCACGUGACGCCGAUCCCGUUGCGCCCGGGUAGCGGCAAGCUCGUGCCCUCGAGCAUCUGGGGCCCGACCUGCGACGGCUUGGACCAGGUCGUGGACAACGUGAUGCUCCACGAAAUGGAACUGGGCGACUGGAUCAUCUUCGAGAACAUGGGAGCUUAUACUUUGCCCGUCGCUUCUCCCUUCAAUGGUUUUCCCAUUCCCAAGGUUCAUGUUGUAGCCGACGAAAGCAUGUGGUUAAUGUUAAAAGGUGCUUUGCCCUUGACUGAAGCUCAUUUUGUUGUUAACGAUAUUCCUGAAAACAUUCACUGUGGACUUGAUAUUAGCGGAGAAAAUGUCAAUUGGAACAAUCCAUCAAUCGAGCUCACGACUUUGGAAGAAGAAGAAGGCUCUGAUGGCGACAUCACUCCAUCUUUUAUCUACGACUUCGUUGACGUAGGUCCGCUGAACUGAGAUAGACGCACAAGUUUUCAUAAAAAUGACGUCUCAAAAUGCGGGAAUAUUUGGCCUUACGGAUCGCAUGAUAAUCAAUUUUGUGCAUUUCUAAAACAAGCUCACUCCACGAGCUUGACAUUCCUCCUUCACGAGAAAGGAUAUAAUUGUAUUAUAUGUAAUUAAUCGUAGGUAAGAGCCAGAUAUUCCUCGGUGUACCAGAGAUUUCAUGAAUGCUACGGAAAUAAGUACAACAAAACUUUGAAUAUAAGCGCCUGCAAAAAAUUUUUAGGAAAUUUUUAAAAAUUAGUUUGAACAAAUGAUUCGAAUGAAAGACUUGAUGAAUUCUGACUGUCAAAAAUAAUAUAUACUUUGAAUCAUGAAAUAUUAGAGUAGCUUGUGAUCGAGACUGUUGUUGGAAUUGAUUUUUCUGGCUGUAAAUAAGCCGUCGCGAAUAAUUAAUUAUUCAUUUUUAAAUCAACAGCAUUUGUGAUCACAAAAACAACUGAAUUAGCGAAACAAAACAAUUUGAAAUUGUGAGACGAUUUUAUAAAGCAAGUAUCUAGUUAAUUCGCGACUUGCAAAAGUUAUUAAAAAUAUUUGGUUAUUCAGUAUAAUCGACGAUAAGAAGAAAAGUAAAUAACAGAUAUAAUAUAAUCGUUACUCUACUCGUGUACACAUACAAUAUAUUCAUCAAGUAAAAGAACAAAAUCGUAUGUAUAUUCUACAAGUAUAACGUAGCGAUUUUAUCAACUUGAUUCAACAUCGUUUAGUAUAUCAAAAGCAUUUAAUGUUUAAGCUUGUGUCAUUCUCGAUAAAUAGUGACCAUACGAGACACGUGUUAGCUGAGUUAACGAUUUUUCUUGUUAUUUAAUUACUGCCUUUGCAUUUCUUUUGUGUCGUGCGAUUUUACUUUUUAUUAUACUUUUAUUUUAGCAGUUAUUGAUAUCGAUGAAAGUGUUUGCUCUGGACAUGUUUUUAAAGUUUGCGAUUGUUACCGCAUCGGCCUGACGAAAGAUGAUUAGUUCGAUUAAUUGUAACGAAGUUUUGAGGUUUUUGAGUACGAAAGCUCCGGUCAAAUCGUUAUAUAUAUUUUACCAAAAGAGAAAGGAAAAUUAUCUAAUGCGAGGAUAAAAUUCUAAUUGAUUUUAGUGCACUCCACGUUGAAUAUGGAUUUUACUACAUACGUGGAAUAAAUUUUGGUGUUGAAAAUUUUUUAACUUAGAAUUCUUGAAAAAAAAAGAAGUGAAAAAGUAUACUCUGUAGGCGUGCUAGAUAAUUUACAAAAAAAGCAUUGAGGCAGCUGUCAUAGAAAGUAUAAAAGGAAGAUUAGGUUUCAUUAUCAUUUUUAAUUUUAUUGUAUCAUAUACUCAUAUUUAUUAUACUUUUAUUAUUAUUACUGUUAUUUAUUAACAUUCGUGAGCUAUCACGUGUAAUAAACUAUAGUAGAAAAAAUAAAUGUAUUUGCAGACGUA